AUGACACAAUGUAUUGAACAUAAUAAAGAUCUUGAUUUAUUGUGUACAGUUUGUAAUGUUAUUAUAUGUUAUCGUUGUCUUGUUUCAAAACACAAUGAACAUCAUACACUUCAUAUCGAUGACAUCAAACAAUCGCUUUUAAAUAUAGAUUAUUCUGUUGUUAUAGAUAAAAAUAAAAAAGAAAAGAAUAAUAAUAAUGAUAAUAAUAAUGAAGAUGACAAAGAUCAAGACAAGGAUAUCAUUGAUAUAGAUAAAAUAAAGGAUGAUAACAAUAAGAAUGAUGAUAAAGAUAAUAAUAGUAAUAGUAAUUAUAAUAAUGAUAUGAUUAAAAUGAGAAUAGAAUGGCUAUGGGAAAAAGUAAACAAUACAGUCAAUCAUAUUCAGACACUUACCGAAAUGGAGAAUGAAAUCAGUAAUCAUUUCAAACGUUAUUAUGAAAUGUUAAUGAAAGAAGAGAGUAAAUUAAAGAAACCGUUCACCGAUGAAAUCGAAAAAACCAAACAACAACUCGAUAAACUAAUCAAAGAAAUACAAUCAUUACACAAUAUCAUUCAAUCAAUCACUCCAACUCUUAAGUCACAUGAAAAAGACAGUAAUGAUCUUGAUAAUAAUAAUAUUAAAGAUGAUAAUGGGAUUCUAUCAGAUUCAACAAUCAAUUAUUCGCUUGAAACAUUGAUUGAAUCAAUUGAACAAUCAAAAUCACUAGAACAAUUCAUUCAUAAUAACAGUAAUACAAUAUUCAAUAUUCAACAACAAAACAACAAUGAAAUCAUUGAAUAUCUAAAGAAUAACAAUGAAAUCAACAAGAAUAAAAGACAUAAGAAUAAUGAUAACAACAAGACAGAUAAUAAUAAUCUCCAAGAUUAUUCAAUUUUAGAAAUCAUUCGUAAUCACAUUAAUAAUCAUAGAAUCAAUGACAAAGAUUUAGAGCAUAUGAAUUGUGGUGAUGUUUCAGUUUCCGAAAGUAGCAAACAUCUAGGUUAUUUUGAUGGAAUCAGACAUUUCAUUCAAAAAUCGAUUGAUGUUGAAUUUUAUCUCAAACAACCCAACAACAACAGAUACAUUAUCGCAACGGACGAAGAGGAUGAUUUAAACAUAACAUUUUACAAAUGUAAAUUUGAAUCUCGCAAUCAAUUGGAAUUGAUGGAGAAAGAGUCGAACGAGCUUGCCGGUUUGAUUGAUUCAUUUACAAAUCAAAUCAUUAUAUUUGCAUCAUCCAACACCACCAUCUAUAUAUUCUUCAUCUUUUCUUUCGUUGCUUACUCGAUGAUUGAUGGAGCUUUCAGAGUGGUAGAAUUUCAAUCUUCUUCUCAUCUUGCAAGAUUCCUAGGUCAACCUACAAGUUACUACGUCGAUCCAUUCUACAUCUAUUUCUAUGGCAGAACAUUGAAAGGUACAAUGAUAGUCAGAUUCAAUACAAUGUUGGGGGAAUUCGAACACUUGUAUUCAGAUUCACAAUUAAACAUCACUCCUGUGGCUAUUUUUAACGAAUUCUAUGAUCCAGAGAUGCAUAGAUACACAAUUCACUAUGAUAGUCAAUCAAAACAAAUCGUGUUGGUUCUAUAUGUCAGUUUUUCGACUAUAGUAAAACGUACUCUAUCCAUUGUACAUGAUGUUGUCUCGCCAAAAUACAUAAGCUACCUCUUCAGAGGAGAAAAAAUGGUUUACAUUUACUAUGGUGAUGGAAAACUAGAUUAUUUCUUGCAUGUAAACUUCAACUUGGCACCACUAAAGUUAGAAAUUAAAAAGCUUGACGCUAUUGGAGGAUGUGCAAUACCAGAUGCACAAAACAACGAAUUGUUAGUUUUGCCACCAAUUAUUUACAACGAAGAGAAACAUGAUGAAAAGAUGUAUCUUUUCACCAAAGAUGAAAGUUUUGUCUAUUCUCAAAAAGGUAGACAAUGGAAAAAAUCUCAUAUAAAGACAACUAAUAUUAAAUUUAUAACAGAUACAAAAGAUUACCUUUAA